AUGUCAAGGAAUCGCAUGAUAUUGGGGGCGGUUGCGACAAUAAUCACCCCUUUCGCGCUCGCAACAGCUGAUUUAAGCUCGAUAUGCAACCCAGCAGCUAUACCUAAGCCCAGCUUUUUUGGAGCUGAGAUAAUUUCUGUAACCGCAAACCCGGUCUUCAACUCGAUUGACCAUGCUGAAGUAUCGCAUCCAAGCUCACCCCAAGAGACAGAUGACUCCGUCAGCUUCUGCAAUGUCACUGUCACCUACACCCACCCGGGGCAACAAGAUCAAAUAUCCACAACGGUCUUCCUGCCGCUCGAAAGAUGGAACAACCGCCUCCUCGGCGUUGGAGGUGGUGGGUUUGGAACACGCAUGCUCGGUGACGCGGAUCUGCUGAAAGCCGUUGCAGGUGGCUAUGCAGCUGUGGCUACAGACGGAGGGCAUGAGGUCAAUAUGGAAAGUGCGGAAUCGUGGGCUUUAAACAGCCCCGGAAAUGUGGACCUCUACGCUCUGAACAACUUCGCUCAUGUCACUUUGCACGAAGCCUCCCUUAUUGGCAAGGCCGUUACGACCUCAUUCUACGAGUCGGAGCCCGCCUUCUCCUAUUUCGCCGGCUGCUCCACUGGUGGACGACAGGCGAUGAUGCUGGCCCAGCGUUACCCUACCGCCUAUGAUGGAUAUCUGUCCAGUUGCCCAGCUAUCAACUGGAACAAGUUAUGCAUAGCAGCGCUAUGGCCUUAUGUGGUGAUGAAUUCAGCAGAAUCAGUCGUGCCCGUUUGCAUUCUUGAUGAGUUCACCGCAGCUGCAGUGGAAGCUUGCGAUGGAUUGGAUGGCGUGGUCGAUGGUGUUAUUGAUGAUUACCGAAAAUGCAAAUUUGACCCACAUGCGAUCGUGGGACGCAAAGUCGAUUGCGAUCACGCGCAAAUCACCAUCUCUUCCGAGGCUGCAGAUGUUGUUGAACGCAUAUGGGCAGGCCCCCGCUCACCAGACGGGGAAUCUCUGUGGUACGGCCCUACUCACGGAGCUGAGCUUGGUGCGGUCGCAAAUUCGCACUGCGAGUCUGAAACUGGGUGCACUGCUGUUCCAUUCCCUAUUGCACAUGAGUGGGUAAAGUUCUUCCUGAAGAAAGAUCCCGAGUAUGAUAUUUCGAGUAUCACGAAGGAGGACGUUUACGAUCUGUUACACGAGGCGCAGAGCUGGUACCAGUCUAUCAUUAGCACGGAUGAUCCCGAUCUCUCUGGAUUGAAGCGUUCUGGUGGCAAGAUGAUCUCCUGGCAUGGUACCGUUGACCAGCUAGUCCCCGUAGGCGGUACACGCGACUACUACGAUCGGGUGCUCGCUUUGGAUCCCGACGUUGAUGUUUACUUCCGCCACUUCGAGGUUCCUGGUGUAGCUCAUUGUGUUGGUGGGCCUGGUGCCUUGCCCGUGAAUGUCCUGGAUGAUCUAGUUCGAUGGGUUGAGAAGGAUGUUGCUCCAGAUUCUUUGCUGGGAGAAAUGGUGGAUCCGAAGAGUAACAAGACCACACAGAGAUACAUUCCUGCUUAUCCUGUCUUGCAAAAGGUGGAAGAUACCGAACAGGAGUGGGAGAGAAAGACGGAACUGUAA